AUGUCAUUGAAGUUGUUGGAGUUCUUACAGUAUGACAGCAAGUUGUGGCAAGUUCUUGAAUUAUUUCCUAUGUAGGCACAACCCCACAAUCGACCAUCACACCGAUGAUCGUAGAAUUGAAAUAGAAAUAAACGGGUCAUCCGAUCAUCUUUUGCAAUCAACUGAGGUCGCACAGCCUCAAUCCAACAGCAAAGAUCACAGCCCCCGCCACUCCGUCGAUCCCCUCUUCCCAUUGGACCCAAGCCAUCCCAUCGAAAAACGCCACAACCGAGCUCAGAAACACCCACUAUGCCAUCACCGUUUUAAACUCCCCAUUCGUCUGAUGAAGCAUGAAAACAUUUGGUUUCAAGCCGAUAUUUUCAUUUGGGGUGGUUUUGCUCGGCGAUAUGGGGAUUGGAAUGCUGGGAUCACAGAUGAUUUUGCGGUGCAAGGCUCGCUUUAG